AUGGCGGACAUUGAAAUACUUGUUAAUGAGCCACACCUAUUGUCGUUUAAUGAAAUCAAACAAGCCGUCGACAGAAUUGAGGGUGGUAUCAUACACACUCCUCUUUGCGAAUCUAAACUGAGCAAGAAUAUGGACUAUAAUAUAUAUCUUAAAUGUGAAAAUCUUCAAUACACCGGCAGCUGUGCAGAACGUGGCGUUAGAAAUGCGUUAUUAGCUAGUAGCGCAGAAGAAUGCGCUCGCGGGAUUUUAGUUCCGUCUCGCGGCAAUAUGGGUCUAGCCGCUGCGUAUCACGGAGGAACACUAGGUGUGCCUGUGACGGUCGUUUUGCCUGACUCUACACCCCCAGCGCAAGUGCAGCGGUGUGCGGAAUACGGCGCAGACGUUGUUCUAUGCGAUUGCGGCGAAAACUGUGGUGACACUAUCACGUAUGCGAAGAAAUUGCAACGGGAUAGCAGGCAAAUUCUUGUAACUUCUGGCGAUCCUCUGGUGAUGGCCGGCCUGGGUACGGUUGGUGUGGAGAUCAUCACUCAGCUCCCGGAGACGGACGCGGUUAUUGUGCCGGUGGCUUCUGGAAGUCUCUUGGCAUCAGUGCUUGUUGCUUGCAAGAAACUCAAAUGCUCCUGUUUGGUUUAUGGAGCAGAGUGCGGAAAAGUGCCAAAGAUGAUGAAGGCACUUCAGGCGGGCCGGCCGGUAACAGUGCCGGCGGUGGCUAAUCUGGCCGAUGGUCUCAACGCCAGCAUCGCCGGCGCCAACGCUUUUGCUACUCUCAAAGGCAGACUUGACAGAAUGUUAGUUGUGGACGAGACGUAUGUUGCGCGCGCCGUGAUAAGUGUCCUGGAACAAGAGAGACUGGUGGCGGACGGCGCGGGAGUAUGCGCCAUCGCUGCUGUCAUGCAAGGGCUUGUGCCAGAACUGCGUGGGAAACGCGGUGGCAACGUCGAUUCCGGUCGGCUGUCACGUACGAUUCAACGAGGUCUGGGUGCCACUGGUCGGUUGCUGCGGUUCGCAGUUGCGGUGCCCGACCAGCGAAGCGGUCUGGAACAACUCGCCAAGGUCAUCACGGACGAGAACGCAGUGCUCAAGAGCAUUAUCACCGAGCAAGUGUGGGUGCACAGCGAUGUGAGCAGUACGUGGACAAAUGUAGUAGUGGAAAUGGCUAAUGAGGAUCAUGCGUUAAACUUCAAGGAGAAAAUAAGGGAGCUGUAUCCAUCAGCAAGAUUCACUAUAAUAGAUUUGGAUGAAAAACGUAAAAUUAAUGUACGAUAA